AUGCCCCGACCACCAUCGCCCUCCAUUCCAGAGAAGGAGUUUCUGUAUAGUGCCUUAAAACAGUCUCUGCGCCUCGACGGCCGCGCUCCGCUCGAAAUGCGGUCGCCGACACUCACCUUUGGACCGGAGCUCGGGUGGGUAGAGUGCGCGCUUGGAAAAACACGUGUCCUGGCGCAGGUGGACGCGAAAAUGGUGAAACCGCCGCCCGAGCGCCCGCUGGAGGGGAUCAUCAGCAUCAUCUCGGAGCUCUCACCCAUGGCGUCGAGCGAAUAUGAACCCGGUCGACCCUCGGAUGAAGAAGUUACUAUCACGCGGAUGCUCGACAAGGUAUUACGCAGGAGCGAUGUCGUGGAUAAGGAGUCGCUGUGUGUGAUGGCUGGACAACGUGUCUGGCAUCUCCGACUGACGAUACACUGUCUAGCAGAUGCAGGGAACAUGCUAGACUGCGCUUGCCUUGCAGGUGUCUUGGCACUAAAACACUUCCGAAGACCCGAAGUCGAGGUCAUUGGCGAUGAAGUUACGGUGCAUCCUCCGACAGAACGUGCACCAGUGCCUUUGUCUAUGCAUCAUACUCCUUUCUGUUUCACGUUUGCGUACUUUCCCGACACGACGACGCAGGCCGUCCUCGAUCCCUCUCAGCUGGAGCAGCGGCUCAGCGCGGGUCUACUUUCUGUGGCCCUAAAUGCACAGCGCGAGCUAUGCGUAGUUCAAAAGGCAGGUGGAGUGCCUCUCGACCCAGAAGAAGUUUUGCGAAUCAUCGACGUCGCGGUAGGGAAAGCGAAGGAGCUGGAUAAGGUCGUCGAGGCGCGGUUGAAAGAGGAUUGGGCGGGACGGACGGUAGAGGUCCGAUGA